GCAGCGGCGGCGCCUUCUUUGUUUCGUGAGGAGAGACGAGACGCUCAUUCUGCCCCCGGCCCCGCGCGGAGGGGUGGGGGCGGCGCCGGGAAGGCGACGGCGCCGUCGACUCCCGCAGGAGACCACUGUCCGCAGCUCCCGUGAAGAUGUCCACUCCAGACCCACCCCUGGGCGGAACUCCUCGGCCAGGCCCUUCCCCGGGCCCGGGCCCCUCCCCUGGAGCCAUGUUGGGCCCUAGCCCAGGUCCCUCACCCGGCUCCGCCCACAGCAUGAUGGGGCCCAGCCCAGGGCCUCCCUCAGCAGGACACCCCAUCCCGACCCAGGGGCCUGGAGGGUACCCUCAGGACAACAUGCACCAGAUGCACAAGCCAAUGGAGUCCAUGCACGAGAAGGGCAUGUCGGACGACCCCCGCUACAACCAGAUGAAGGGGAUGGGGAUGCGGUCGGGGGGCCACGCCGGGAUGGGGCCCCCGCCAAGUCCCAUGGACCAGCACUCCCAAGGUUACCCCUCGCCCCUGGGUGGCUCUGAGCACGCCUCCAGUCCGGUUCCAGCCAGCGGCCCGGCCUCAGGCCCGCAGAUGUCGUCCGGGCCUGGAGGCGCCCCGCUGGAUGGUGCUGACCCCCAGGCUUUGGGGCAGCAGAACCGGGGCCCGACCCCCUUUAACCAGAACCAGCUGCACCAGCUCAGAGCUCAGAUCAUGGCCUACAAGAUGCUGGCUCGGGGGCAGCCCCUCCCUGACCACCUGCAGAUGGCGGUGCAGGGGAAGCGGCCGAUGCCCGGGAUGCAGCAGCAGAUGCCAACACUACCUCCACCCUCUGUGUCCGCAACAGGACCUGGCCCCGGGCCCGGGCCCGGCCCCGGUCCUGGACCAGCACCUCCAAAUUACAGCAGGCCUCACGGUAUGGGAGGGCCCAACAUGCCCCCUCCAGGACCCUCAGGUGUGCCCCCCGGGAUGCCCGGCCAGCCCCCUGGAGGGCCUCCCAAGCCCUGGCCUGAAGGACCCAUGGCGAAUGCUGCUGCCCCCACAAGCACACCUCAGAAGCUCAUCCCCCCGCAGCCAACGGGUCGCCCCUCGCCUGCGCCCCCCGCCGUCCCUCCUGCUGCCUCCCCCGUGAUGCCGCCCCAGACACAGUCGCCAGGGCAGCCGGCCCAGCCCGCCCCCAUGGUGCCGCUGCACCAGAAGCAGAGCCGCAUCACCCCCAUCCAGAAGCCGCGGGGCCUGGACCCCGUGGAGAUCCUGCAGGAGCGGGAGUACAGGCUGCAGGCUCGCAUCGCACACCGAAUUCAGGAACUUGAAAACCUUCCCGGGUCCCUGGCCGGGGAUUUGCGAACCAAAGCAACCAUCGAGCUCAAGGCCCUGAGGCUGCUGAACUUCCAGAGGCAGCUGCGGCAGGAGGUGGUGGUGUGCAUGAGGAGGGACACGGCCCUCGAGACGGCCCUCAACGCCAAGGCCUACAAGCGCAGUAAGCGGCAGUCCCUGCGCGAGGCCCGCAUCACUGAGAAGCUGGAGAAGCAACAGAAGAUAGAGCAGGAGCGCAAGCGCCGGCAGAAGCACCAGGAAUACCUCAACAGCAUUCUUCAGCACGCCAAGGAUUUCAAAGAAUAUCACAGGUCGGUCACAGGCAAAAUCCAGAAACUCACGAAGGCGGUGGCCACAUACCACGCCAACACUGAGCGGGAACAGAAGAAGGAGAAUGAAAGAAUCGAGAAGGAGAGAAUGCGGAGGCUCAUGGCCGAGGACGAGGAAGGGUACCGCAAGCUCAUCGACCAGAAGAAGGACAAGCGCCUGGCCUACCUCCUGCAGCAGACGGACGAGUACGUGGCUAACCUCACGGAGCUGGUGCGGCAGCACAAGGCCGCCCAGGUCGCCAAGGAGAAGAAGAAGAAGAAGAAAAAGAAGAAGGCAGAAAACGCUGAAGGACAGACACCUGCAAUCGGACCUGAUGGCGAGCCUCUGGAUGAGACCAGCCAAAUGAGCGACCUUCCGGUGAAAGUGAUCCACGUGGAGAGUGGGAAGAUCCUCACGGGCACAGACGCACCCAAAGCAGGGCAGCUGGAGGCCUGGCUGGAAAUGAACCCGGGGUAUGAAGUAGCUCCAAGAUCUGAUAGUGAAGAGAGUGGCUCAGAAGAAGAGGAGGAGGAGGAGGAGGAGGAGCAGCCGCAGCCAGCACAGCCUCCCGCCCUGCCCGUGGAGGACAAGAAGAAGAUUCCAGAUCCAGACAGCGACGACGUCUCCGAGGUGGACGCCCGGCACAUCAUUGAGAACGCCAAGCAAGAUGUUGAUGACGAGUAUGGCGUGUCGCAGGCCCUCGCUCGUGGCCUGCAGUCCUAUUAUGCCGUGGCCCACGCCGUCACCGAGAGGGUGGAUAAGCAGUCGGCGCUCAUGGUCAACGGCGUCCUCAAGCAGUACCAGAUCAAAGGCUUAGAGUGGCUGGUGUCCCUGUACAACAACAACCUGAAUGGCAUCCUGGCUGAUGAGAUGGGCCUGGGGAAGACCAUCCAGACCAUCGCUCUCAUCACGUACCUCAUGGAGCACAAGCGGAUCAACGGGCCCUUCCUCAUCAUAGUACCUCUCUCAACGCUGUCCAACUGGGCAUACGAAUUUGACAAGUGGGCCCCCUCGGUGGUGAAGGUGUCCUACAAGGGCUCUCCAGCAGCCAGACGUGCUUUCGUUCCCCAGCUCCGGAGCGGCAAGUUCAACGUCUUGCUGACGACCUACGAGUACAUCAUUAAAGACAAGCACAUCCUUGCAAAGAUCCGUUGGAAGUACAUGAUCGUGGACGAAGGCCACCGCAUGAAGAACCACCACUGCAAGCUGACGCAGGUCCUCAACACGCACUACGUGGCCCCCCGCCGCCUGCUGCUGACGGGCACGCCGCUGCAGAACAAGCUCCCUGAGCUCUGGGCGCUCCUCAACUUCCUGCUGCCCACCAUCUUCAAGAGCUGCAGCACCUUCGAGCAGUGGUUCAACGCGCCCUUUGCCAUGACCGGGGAAAAGACGGCUGUGGGUUGUGGCCAGUGUCUCUCAAUGUCUGCGUGGCUGGGAGUGGCGUUGUUGGUGUGUCUGUGGCCGCCGCGUUUUCUGUUGAAGGAGGUCAGCGGCCUGAGCCUGAUGAUCGAGGAGGUGGACCUGAACGAGGAGGAAACCAUUCUCAUCAUCCGUCGUCUCCACAAAGUGCUGCGGCCCUUCCUGCUCCGGCGGCUCAAGAAGGAAGUCGAGGCUCAGUUACCUGAAAAGGUGGAGUACGUCAUCAAGUGCGACAUGUCCGCGCUGCAGCGCGUGCUUUACCGGCACAUGCAGGCCAAGGGGGUGCUGCUCACCGAUGGCUCUGAAAAGGAUAAGAAGGGCAAAGGUGGCACCAAGACCCUGAUGAACACCAUCAUGCAGCUGAGGAAGAUCUGCAACCACCCGUACAUGUUCCAGCACAUCGAGGAGUCCUUUUCCGAGCACUUGGGAUUUACCGGUGGCAUCGUCCAAGGGCUGGACCUGUACCGAGCCUCGGGGAAAUUUGAGCUGCUCGAUAGAAUUCUUCCCAAACUCCGGGCCACCAACCAUAAAGUGCUGCUGUUCUGUCAGAUGACCUCCCUCAUGACGAUCAUGGAAGACUAUUUUGCGUAUCGCGGCUUUAAAUACCUCAGGCUCGAUGGAACCACUAAAGCGGAGGACCGGGGCAUGCUGCUGAAGACCUUCAACGAGCCCGGCUCCGAGUACUUCAUCUUCCUGCUCAGCACCCGGGCUGGGGGGCUGGGUCUGAACCUCCAGUCAGCCGACACUGUUAUCAUAUUCGACAGUGACUGGAACCCCCACCAGGACCUGCAAGCGCAGGACCGUGCCCACCGCAUCGGGCAGCAGAACGAGGUGCGUGUGCUCCGCCUCUGCACGGUCAACAGCGUGGAAGAGAAGAUCCUGGCUGCGGCCAAGUACAAGCUCAACGUCGACCAGAAGGUGAUCCAGGCCGGCAUGUUCGACCAGAAGUCCUCCAGCCACGAGAGGCGCGCUUUCCUCCAGGCCAUCCUCGAGCACGAGGAGCAGGACGAGAGCAGACACUGCAGCACGGGCAGCGGCAGUGCCAGCUUCGCCCACACUGCCCCUCCGCCAGCGGGCGUCAACCCCGACUUGGAGGAGCCACCUCUAAAGGAAGAAGACGAGGUGCCUGACGACGAGACGGUGAACCAGAUGAUUGCCCGGCAUGAGGAAGAGUUCGACCUGUUCAUGCGCAUGGACCUGGACCGCAGGCGCGAGGAGGCCCGCAACCCCAAGCGGAAGCCACGCCUGAUGGAGGAGGAUGAGCUCCCCUCGUGGAUCAUCAAGGACGACGCAGAGGUGGAGCGGCUGACAUGCGAGGAGGAGGAGGAGAAGAUGUUCGGCCGCGGCUCCCGCCAUCGCAAGGAGGUGGACUACAGCGACUCGCUGACUGAGAAGCAGUGGCUCAAGAAAAACGAGAGGAAGUAUAUCCAGGACAUAAUAAGCAAAAAGAUGAGUCGUGAUGUGACCCUGAAGGCCAUCGAGGAGGGCACGCUGGAGGAGAUCGAAGAGGAGGUCCGGCAGAAGAAAUCGUCGCGGAAGCGCAAGAGGGACAGCGAUGCCGGCCCCUCCACCCCGACCACCAGCACCCGCAGCCGCGACAAGGACGACGAGAGCAAGAAGCAGAAGAAGCGUGGCCGGCCGCCUGCCGAGAAGCUCUCCCCCAACCCGCCCAACCUCACCAAGAAGAUGAAGAAGAUCGUGGAUGCUGUGAUCAAGUACAAGGACAGUAUUCUUGCAAGGGAACCUUAACAUUGUCAAAAUGAAGAAGACCCUUGAAGGUCAGUGGGGAAGGAUGGACUUUCCAAAAAGUCAUGCUGAUCACUGGGAUAUCCAUCCAUACGGAGAAGACGAAUAUUGACCCCUCCUCACGCCAUACACAUAUAUUAAUUUGAAAUGGAUUACAGACAUAAACGUGAUGUAAAUCAACUAUAUUUCAAUAAAUCUUUUUUUAAAAACCCAUAAAUGUGAAAGGUACAACAUGGGAAAAAAUUUUCAUGUCUUUAAAGGAGGCAUAGACUUCUUCAGUAGGACAGAAACGCCACUGGCCAUAAAAGACUCACAAGUUAGACUUCACUCAAAUUAAGAACAUUUGUUCAUCGAAGGACACCCUCAUGAAGAUGGUGAAAAUUGCCACAGACUAGGAAAAGAAAAUUCAAUUUUAAAAUGGGCAAAAGGCAUGAACAGACACCUCCCAGAAGAAGAUACCCCAGUGACCAAUCAACGUGUGAAAAGGUGCUCGGGAUCGCCACAUCGACGUCAUAACAAGAAGGAAGUGCACAAUAAAAUGAGCGUGAGGUGCCUCCUCACACACACCAGAAGUGUUAAAGUUCCUUUUAGUACCACCAAGGACGUGGAGCAGUAGCACCUCACACCCUGCUCAUGGGAGCAUGUGGCUCUGGGCAGUAUCUUCUGAAGCUCGACACACAGAUGAAGCUUCUGACCCAGCCACUCCCGUCCUAGUCCUGAAUGCAUACAUCCACCAGAAGACAUGUACAGGUGCAUCCAUAGCAGCUUUGAUCACGACUCCCCUAAAGGAAACAGCCCAGUGUCCACCCACAGGAGAACACGUCCAGAGCGGCCUAGUCGAAGAACAGAAUUCUAACAGCCACGAGAACAGACAAGCUACCACUCCCUGGGAGAAUCUUACACUCUGUUGAGUGAGAGAAGCCAGACACAGAAAAGUACGUAUUGUAUGCUUCCAGUUAUAGGAAGUUAAGCUGACCGACGGUGAUGAGCAUGGAUCAGUGGUUACCUCAAGUUGGAAUUGACAGGGACGGGACGCCAGGGAGCCUUCUGGGACGUUGGGGUCUUGGUCUGCACAUGAAAACCUUCGCCAGGCUGUACACCUAAGAUAAAGAUGUGCGGACUUUCCUGUAGUAGGUUACACCUCGGUUUAAAAAUAGUAGACACUUGAAAUCGGCACCCUGCACUCGAUAAGGCCUUGGAUAUUUUCAAACUAAAAAUAUGUCAAGUGUCAGUCCACUUUCUUAGUCAUCCUAUGACUUAGAGAAAAGGCACUGUGCUUAGCUGAAGAUCACGUGACAGAAGAGAAGCUGGCUCCCCUGGCUGCUGCAAAUAGCUGUUCUCCCAGGCCCAUGCAAGAUUGGGUGAUAAAUCGGGCAAUGAAUUAAAACUAGCUUUUAGGGUUCAGUGACAUCUUGUCAAGACUGGCCUAUGUCAGGACACCAAGAUCCUGGUAGGGAUUCUGAGAUCCAGCCUGAUGAGAGCCCUGACACUGCAGUCACAGAGCUGAGCUCCCAGGUCUGUCAGACCCACGUGGUGGUGCCUCCGGGGAGGGCUUGAAGCAUGGCGUAUGCUUAACCUCACGUCCUCCUGGAACAAUGGCCCCACUGGACGGGGAGUUCGACAUUAGACUGGGGAGAACUGCAGAGGAGUUACAAGUGGGACGGAGAAUAUGACCAUUCCAGGAAGCCUCCUACACGCUGGCUUUGAGAAACAUUUGGUUCUCAGUUGGAGCAGGGCCUUCCACUCGCUGGUUUGCUGGUGGCCACACAGGAAGAGAUCAAACAAGGCACAUAAACUCAGGAAAAUAGUCACGUCAUCCUGGUUGAAACGUUACUUCAUGGAAGAUGCUUUCAGAGAUGAUGUUUGGGUACAAACUUGACCUACUUAAUGGACAUUUUUGACGUUCUUAUCAAAACAUAAGAAUUUGAAACCAUGGGGAAAACUACAAUAUGGUUCAUGCAGCUGUAGGGUUAGGCACAGUCUAUAGACCACCCUGUCUUCUGACAACAACUGCAGAGUUCAGGGUCCCCAAGACCACCCUCAGUCUCGAUAAUUUCCCUAGAAGGACUCUCAGCACUCUCUGAAAGCUGGUGUACUCACAGUUAUGGUUUAUUACAGCGAAAGGACACAGAUUAAAACCAGCCGAGGGGAGAGGCGCAGGGAGCAGCGUCCUCCCCGUGGAAUCGCCGGCCACAGUGACUUUCCUGGCAACAUUACGAGAAGAUGCACACAGAGCAUUGCCAGUCUGGGAAGCCUUGGUGUCUAGCCUUGAACUUGGUCAGUAUACCCGGCCGACCUCCCACGUGGCUGCCCAGUCUCCAGUCCCUCUGUGGUUGAACCGAUGCUGCUUGACCCGACGCCCCUGCCUGGAAUCACACUUAGACUGUGCCAGAGGCCCCCAGCUAAACAAAGGUACCCCACCAGGCGGGACAUUCAAGGACAGAGACAUGGCCUCCCAGGAGCCAAGGGCAAAGGCCAGACCUUUCUUUGGGCCAGGUUAAAUUCUUUAUGACACAGCUGUCACGUACCUGGAAGGUUCUGAGGGACUGGCCACCACGCCAAGGAGAACAGGAUUGGAACAAAACCAGAGGUAGCUUGACGUGCACUUUCUUGUCUCAGACUUCCGAUUGCUCCUUUCCAGAAGAGAAAAUGAAACUUUGGAUUUAAAAAUCACAUUUGCUUUCUAGAACCCUGUGAUUAGCUAAACUCUGUACUUGAGUUAAAUGUGGAUCCUGAGGAGAGAACUUAUUGUUACAGCUUGGUUCUUCCUGGACACCAAAGAAUGAUUACAGGACAUCGCCAGCGUUUGGAUUCAGAGUGGGGAGCCUGCCUUGCUGAGCAGGGGCCAUGGCGCUGCUCUUCCUGCCCCCAGUGACCGUGGUGGGAGUGGGGUUGCACCUCAAAGCAGUGACUCCAGAGAGAAGCGGCUCGGCCAUGCCUCUGCUGCUGAGUCUGAGCAGGGCCGCCCCGCCCCCAAUUUGCACCACUCCAAAUGUUGCUACUGAGUGUUGAUUUCAAGAUCCCUACCCCCCCACCCCCCGCCCCAGUGGUGUUAAAAUACCAGUGCCGUCGUGUUUGAUAGAACCUUUGCAUGUACAUCCUGACCUGCACGCAG